CAAAAUCCUAAAACUCUCCAUCUCCCUAUACUUCUUCUCUCUGUCCGCCAACCCCUUCGACCUCCACCGUCCGUCGCCACUGUCAGCCGCCGCUCUCCACUGUCUGUCGCCACCGUCCGCCGCCGCUCUCCGGUACCUAGCUCCAUCGAUCUUCGCCGUCCCUCUUACCUUUUCAUCAAGGUGGCCUCCAAGGAGGAGGCAGCCAAGGAGGAGGCAGCCAAGGAGGAGGCAGUCGCGGGGGAGGCAGUCGCAGAUGAGGCAGUCGCGGUGGCAACCGAGAAGGCCAAUGUGGAGGCAACUGAGAAGAAAACGAGACUGAAGAAGAUUAUCUAUAUAAUGAUUCUAGAUAUUAUGGUGGCCGGAAGAGCUUAUGAAGGCAAUUUCUGUGGAUCUUCAAGCUAUGUAGACAUGGUAUGACAUUGUAACUUAUAACUACUGCCUGUUGCUCGAAACUGUCAGCGCUCAAGUUGCUGCUCAAGUUCGUCUUCAUUUAGAUAGCCAUAUGUGGAAAUUAAUCUUUAAAACUGCCUGUUCUUGCCAUCUAUUUCUUCUGCCUUCAAUCAAUUCAGCUUUCCUGAAUCAUCAUCUCUGUUAUCUUCUUUAUCCGAAACGAAAACAUUGAUGUUGGCGCAUCUACCAAGGAAGUCUAUUUUGUAAGCUUAUUAGCUGAUAUUUAGCUGGUUUGACUAAAAAUAGCUGGUCCAAAUGGUAAAGAAGCCGAAAUUGUUGUUUGGUAAUCAACUUGUUGAUUCGGCUGUUUAAUCCCAAGAAGCCGAAAAGCAAAAUGCCAAGGGGAGCAGCGUUUGUGGACAGCUUGUGUGAAUUAUUCCUUUUAUGCCAUUGCAUAUUCCAAGUUGUUCGUUCUUCUUCAAUAAAAAUCAAACCUCACAAAUUAAUCUGCCAUCUACGUUUUUUAGUGCAAGGACAAGAUUGCGUACAUCCGACCCCCUUACCUCACCGAAGGUAUGAGAGCCUUUGCGGCAUUAGAUGGAUGUGCAAUCUGUGCGGGUGAUACUCAUAUUGGAAGAUAUGCUUAGAGCAUGUGCUUUGGAGUUCCAACGAAGUUAGGACAAACAUUUAGCUCUAGUGGAGUUUGCCUAUAACAACAGUUAUGAGGUGAGUAUUGGCAUGCCUCCAUAUGAGGCAUUGUAUUGGAGGAAAUGCAAGACACCUUUGUGUUGGGACGAGGUUGGCGAGGCCAAGCUCGAUGGGAUUGAACUUGUCGAGAUCACCAAGGUUAAGGUGAAGAUCAUUCGGGAUAGACUCAAGACUGCCCAAGACCGGCAGAAGAGUUAUGCCACAAACGGCGAAGGCCGUUGGAGUCUAAAGUCGGUGAUAAGGUCUUCCUAAGGAUUUCUUCUUGGAAGAGUAUCAUCCAAUUUAUAUCGAGGGGAAAACUUAACCCCCAAUACAUUGGUCCAUUUGAAAUCCUUGAAAGGAUAGGUGUCGUGGCAUACCGUCUCAAGUUGAUCGACACCAGAACUUGAGAAGAUUCACGACGUGUUUCAUGUAUCAAUGGUCAAGAAAUACAUACGAGAUCCGUCUCAUAUUCUUGAGAAAUCACCGGUAGAGAUACGUGAAGACCUACAAUAUGCAGUGGAACUGGUGAAGAUUGUGGGGCAACAGGUGAAGAAAUUGAGGAACAAGGAGAUUCCUCAACAGGUGAAGGUUCUUUGGAGGAGUGAUCGAGUCGAAGAAGAAACCUGGGAGACCGAGGUCUCAAUGAGGGAGCAAUACCCGUUUCCUUUUUAUUAGACACGUGGAUUUCGGGGACGAAAU